GCUGUCAGGAGCGCACUAGAGGCCGAACGGUGGCGGGAUCCGACGUCUGGCUGUACCCGGCUGAUUGAACCCAGCGCGGCAGCGGCGGCGAGGGCGGCGCGGCCCCGGCUCCCUGCCAGGUCGCAGAGACUAGCAGGGACUAGCGGGCAGCCGGCGGCGCUGGCACAAUGGGGAAUCGGGAGAUGGAGGAGCUCAUCCCUCUGGUGAACCGUCUGCAGGAUGCCUUCUCCGCACUGGGACAGAGCUGCCUUCUGGAGCUGCCUCAGAUCGCCGUGGUGGGCGGCCAGAGCGCCGGCAAGAGCUCGGUGCUCGAGAACUUCGUGGGCAGGGACUUUCUCCCUCGAGGGUCAGGCAUUGUAACUAGAAGGCCACUAGUGCUGCAGCUGAUUACUUCCAAAGCAGAAUAUGCUGAGUUUCUACACUGCAAAGGAAAAAAAUUUACAGAUUUUGAUGAAGUUCGCCAUGAGAUUGAAGCUGAAACAGAUCGAGUAACUGGAAUGAAUAAAGGCAUUUCCUCCAUACCCAUUAAUUUACGAGUCUAUUCCCCACAUGUGUUAAACCUAACCCUGAUUGACCUACCCGGAAUUACUAAAGUGCCCGUGGGAGAUCAGCCUCCAGAUAUUGAGUACCAGAUCAGAGAAAUGAUUAUGCAGUUCAUCACACGGGAGAACUGUCUGAUUCUGGCUGUUACCCCAGCCAACACUGAUCUUGCAAACUCAGAUGCGUUGAAGCUAGCGAAAGAAGUUGAUCCUCAAGGUCUGAGAACCAUUGGAGUCAUCACCAAACUGGAUCUCAUGGAUGAAGGAACGGAUGCCAGGGAUGUUCUAGAGAAUAAGCUGCUGCCACUUCGCAGGGGUUACGUGGGGGUGGUAAACAGGAGCCAGAAGGACAUAGAUGGGAAGAAGGACAUAAAGGCUGCCAUGUUGGCAGAAAGGAAAUUUUUUCUCUCACACCCGGCUUACAGACAUAUUGCUGAUCGGAUGGGGACCCCACACCUUCAGAAGGUCCUUAAUCAGCAACUUACCAACCACAUUCGAGACACCCUGCCCAACUUCAGGAACAAACUACAGGGCCAGUUGCUGUCCAUAGAACAUGAAGUAGAAGCCUACAAAAACUUCAAGCCAGAGGACCCCACCCGGAAGACCAAAGCAUUGCUGCAGAUGGUUCAACAAUUUGCUGUGGAUUUUGAGAAGAGAAUUGAAGGGUCAGGGGAUCAAGUAGACACCCUGGAGCUCUCAGGUGGUGCUAAAAUCAAUCGUAUAUUCCAUGAACGCUUUCCUUUUGAGAUAGUAAAGAUGGAGUUCAAUGAGAAAGAAUUGCGAAGAGAAAUAAGCUAUGCAAUCAAAAACAUACAUGGUAUCAGGACAGGGUUGUUUACUCCAGACAUGGCAUUUGAAGCAAUUGUCAAAAAACAAAUUGUAAAGCUGAAGGGGCCUUCCUUGAAGAGUGUAGAUCUGGUAAUACAAGAAUUAAUCAACACUGUCAAGAAGUGUACCAAAAAGCUGGCAAACUUCCCCAGACUCUGUGAGGAAACGGAAAGGAUUGUUGCUAACCAUAUUCGUGAGCGAGAAGGGAAGACAAAGGACCAGGUGCUGCUGUUGAUCGACAUCCAAGUCUCCUACAUCAACACCAACCAUGAAGAUUUCAUUGGCUUUGCAAAUGCUCAGCAGAGAAGCAGUCAGGUUCACAAGAAAAACACAAUUGGAAAUCAGGGAACCAAUCUUCCGCCUUCAAGGCAAAUUGUGAUUCGCAAGGGAUGGCUAACCAUCAGCAACAUUGGCAUCAUGAAAGGAGGCUCUAAGGGAUACUGGUUUGUCCUUACUGCUGAGAGUUUGUCCUGGUACAAAGAUGAUGAGGAAAAAGAAAAGAAGUAUAUGCUUCCCUUGGACAACCUGAAAGUUCGGGAUGUGGAAAAAAGCUUUAUGUCUAGCAAGCACAUCUUUGCACUCUUUAAUACAGAACAAAGGAAUGUAUACAAAGACUACCGCUUCCUUGAGCUGGCAUGUGAUUCGCAGGAGGAUGUAGACAGCUGGAAGGCAUCUCUACUGAGAGCUGGAGUUUAUCCUGAUAAAUCUUUAGGGAACAACAAAACUGAAAAUGAUGAGAAUGGCCAAGCAGAAAACUUUUCUAUGGACCCACAGUUGGAGAGACAAGUGGAGACUAUUCGCAACCUUGUAGACUCCUAUAUGUCUAUUAUCAACAAAUGUAUCCGAGACCUAAUCCCCAAAACAAUAAUGCACCUUAUGAUCAAUAAUGUUAAAGAUUUCAUAAAUUCCGAGCUCCUAGCACAGUUAUAUUCUUCAGAGGACCAAAAUACCCUGAUGGAGGAAUCUGCGGAGCAGGCUCAGCGCCGGGACGAGAUGCUUCGAAUGUACCAGGCCCUUAAAGAAGCCCUCGUGGUCAUCGGUGAUAUCAACACAGCCACGACAUUCACACCCGCGCCACCACCCGUGGAUGACUCCUGGAUCCAGCAUUCCCGCAGGUCCCCCCCUCCAAGCCCCACCACCCAGAGGAGGCCGACGCUGAGUGCACCCCUCCCGCGACCCACGUCCGGCCGGGGACCCGCACCCGCCAUCCCCUCUCCGGGACCCCACUCAGGGGCGCCGCCAGUACCUUUCCGGCCCGGCCCAUUACCUCCUUUCCCCAACAGCAGUGACUCGUUCGGGGCGCCUCCGCAGGUUCCGUCUCGGCCCACCAGGGCCCCUCCCAGCGUCCCGAGCCGGAGACCACCCCCAUCACCAACUCGUCCCACUAUAAUCCGUCCACUAGAAUCCUCCCUGUUAGACUAAACGAAGUGUCUGGCAUGGCAGUUAAUUACUAAUGAAUUUUACGAAAGCAAAAUAUUUGAUAACUGUUGCAGUAAAUCAUGAGUAGUCGCAUGUAUGGACAUCAGUAGGCAAGUAACCAGUUUGACUAAUGCAUUCAUCACUCACCUUCAUUGCUCAUGGUAUGUCAAACUUCUGGGGUUUGACUGUUGAAAACUGCUGACUCUCUAAGGUUUUGUAUGUUGUAUCGACCAAAGUAGGUUGUAUAACAGCCCUCUGCUUUGUGGACCGUUCGCCUACCCUGGCAUACAUUUGAAAUUGCUUUGACAGGUUUCCCACAUUACCUACCAGAGAGCCCAUUCAGUAUAAUUCUUAAGAGAUAAGAGAUGGUGGGCUUAGACCUAAAUGAUAUAUACUUAUUUUCCUGCAUUCUGUUUUGACUGAUGGAAAUUAUUUUGUCUAUUAUAAGUGUGUCUGCCUACUCCAGGAUUACCUGUUUAGAGCCUCUCUCCUUCCUCUUUAUUUCAUAAAACUGCUAGGAAGUAAUUUUUAAAAUUAAGAUUCCUUAAAAAUACAAUUUUUCCUGAAGCACAAAGUUGUUUGCAAAGGAAAAGUUAAUGCAUUGCUUGCUCUAGAAGGCUUCUCAUGCCAGCGUGUUUUUGCUUUGUGCUAGAAGCAUAUUCAACAGUGAAUCAAAGCUUGCCUUUUGGUAGUCAGUCAGCAAAUUUGGCUAGUUAGUUUCAGAAUUUAAGGAAGAAGCAAAAUAUCACAUCUCAAGAAGUAUCUGGACAAAUGUAAUUUCUUUAUUCACCUAUGUACUUACCUCCUCACAGAUUACAGUGUAGGUUAGCAUAGAAAAUAUUUAAUUUUUUAUAUUGAUCUGGUUUUAGGCAUGACUGACUACUACACUUUGACACUAAUUCCAUUCUAUUUAUUUAAUUAGAGCAAAAAUAUGCCUCUCUUUCCAUGCUAAUAUGUAAUUCCCUAAUGCAAAAAUUUAGCCUACCUUUGAAACAGUUUAACUUUUUAUCCAUUCUAGGUUUCCUUAAUAAAUCCUGAACCUUAUUAUAGGAUAGCCAUAUUUAAAAAAUGGGACCUGGCAUGGAAAAAAAGAUGCCCCUGUUUAAGAGCAGAGCUCAUGCUCCUGCAGUCAAACAACUUCAGGGUCUCUUUCCAGGCCCUUCCAAAAAAUAGUUAAGACAUCAAGAUUUAAAGCAAAUUGGCAAACUCUAACAUUUCUAAAAUUUACACGUGCAGCUUAGCCUGGGGGUUAAUAGUUCAGUCUCGAGGCUGACUUUUGGACUACCUAGGAGUAGAUGAUUAGCAUGUAGGAAACGGCCAGAAGGCAACUGGAAUUUUGUCUGCUAACUGUCCCCAGACAGCAGACCAAAUAUUCACUGCAUAUUUGUGUCCCAUGACACCAUUUCAUGUUCUGCAGAAGUAAAUCAGGUUAACCAACUGAAAUGUCUCCCUUUGAAAGCAGCAAACAUGAUUUGUACAUUACCUUAACUUUAAUUUCCUGUGUAGUUUAUACCCAAAGCAGACACCCGUAAAGUAUGAAGUAAAAACUUUUAACCGUUAUUAAAAAGAGAACUUGCCAAGGUGAAUGGUGUUGUUUUGAACUUAUUCUAAAGGGUUAAAACUAUGCCACUCAGAAACCAGAGAAUACAAGAUUUACAAAAAGAGCCCUUCAACUUUUAAAUUACAAGUGAUUGUAUAAAGAACUCCACCCUAAAUCGCCACCUUAAAUCUUCUCAUAUCUUAUGUUUUCUCCUGGAAAAAAGUUAACUCUUUGUGAAUGGAACAGAGGUGCAAAAUACAUGCCAUGUUUAUAAAACAGCAUUGCCGCUGAGUGGAAAUAUGUUAAGUAAAAGGAAUAGUCUACAGUGAGAUCUUUUCAGAAAAUUUCCUCUUUUUAGGAUUCCCUUUGCUUCUUCCUUUGAAUUCGCUAAAAUAGGCAUCUAAUGGAUUGUAUACUUCAGGGUUUGGCUUUGUGCUAUAUGUGGUUUUGCAUUUUUCUAUAUUUCAAAAAUUUCCUUUGGUUAAAGGAAAAUAUUGUGGAUAACCACUGGUGUGUUCUUAGAUCAGCACAAACCAUGUCAAAGAAAAUUGGAGAUUUGUUUUCCAAGUUUCUUUGCACUGGUUUUAUGCAGUCAUAAACAAUGGCAUUUGUCACCUUUGGCUUUUGCUCUAGGUUUAUAACCCCACAGUUUCCCUGUCUCAGUUGUCUCAUCUUGUGUGUACAUUUUUGUUUUAUUUUACUUCUAAGCUAUUUCUAAUAGAACCCAGCCUCUCUCCUGGAAUUUCAGCAUCAUAUUGGAAAAUAUUUUCACUUUACUGCAGUACUCUGUCAUGUGAUCAGUAUUAAUCCCAUUUCCCAAAAGGUUUGCAUCCUAUUAAAAGGAGAUGUCAAUGUAAGUGAAGUCACAAGCUCUAGGAUGUGCAGAGUUUGGAGGACAGCGUUCAUCUCAGGCCUUUAGAUGGGAAUGUCACUUACUGAGCUUUCUAAGUGUUCCCCAUACACUUCAGGUCUUUCGUGUAACUUCCCUUGAUUCCUCCAAUGUUGCCUGAACAACAGAUGUAGCUCCAUCAUGUCUAGUAUAAUAAAACAUACAGUGAUUUUAGGAUUUUGAAAAAUAAACUGUGUUUAUUUGAUGGGUAAAUCUAUUUUAUUGUCACAUGCUAAAUCUUGCAUGCUUAUUGACUAAUUGGACCUGCCAUCAACUCAGUUGUGGACAGAUGAUUGAAAUAGUAUUGAUUUAGAACAGAUACAUUACAUUUUCAGACGUCAUCUACCAAAAUGACUCCUCUGAAUACUGCUUCUAGCUGUAGUCUGUAACAUAGAAGAGCAGUAGGGUCUGUUUAAUUAGCAAAUUGCCUACUUGUUCAGAUACGAACACUAUUCCAAAACAUGCUAAUAAAGCCAAGUUCCUGUGAUAUAACUAUAAGCUUUCUGACCUUAGAAUUAAAGAGUAGUCAUAUAUAUUCAUUUUAUGACUUUUUAGUAUAGACUGUAGCCAUAAUUCUCAAGUAUGAAGUGGGACCUAAUACCAGUAUGUGACAAAUGUUGAUGUUUUCUGUGUACACACAUACUUUCUAUGCAUGUGUCUCUAUACAGACUACGUGUAUAGUAUAUACAUAGUAAAUUUGUGUAAGUACGUGUAUUUUGUGCCCUUUUGGGCAAGUAGGUUUAAAAUUACUUGUUAAAAUGCCACGAGCAUGAAUGUGAUUGUAUGUGUAUCGUGUAUAUAUGUAUAUGUAUGGGUGUAAAUAUGUAUACAUGUGCUUUGUAUGUGUGAGUAUGAAUUAUUUUUUAAACUAUGCUAAUACAAGAGUUAGCCUUAGAGUAUCUGCCAUGAUACGUGAUAACAGUGGUUCAUUUCCCAAACAUACAUGAAGUGUACAAAAUUUUUUUGUAUUUUAUUCAUUCUGAGAGGCACAAGGCUCAGAAUUUCCAUGACAACAUGGUAGAAUAACAUCUGCAGGCAAAAAAUAAUAAUAAUAAUCUACAGACAUUUACAUCUAAAUUCACAACAUUGCUCUUAAAGAAGAAAUUAUCUUUGCCAAUAUAGCUAGCUCAUAGUAAGUGUAAGAUCUGUAAACCUACCUUUAAGAUCGCUGAUAGAAUUAUAAAAAUUAUUCUUAGACUGCUGAGCUAAAUCUUUUACAGCUAAGUUGGUCUAUAUAGUCAUCUUUUUCUCUAUGGUAAAUGUCAAAAUUUUAGAGGGAUCUAGCAGAAUACAAAUAGUGGAUUUUUCUGAAUAAUUGCUUAAAAUGCAGGGAAGAAGUUAUGUAAUACCUCAAAGGCAAGUCAUCUAUUCACUUUUUCAGGUAGACAUUUUUCAUUUGUCAGACAGUAUAAUUAUUUGAAAUUGACAGGAAUCUCCUUAACGUUGAGAAUAAAGCUUAAAUUGUAGGUCUUUGAACUAUGGAACUCAAUGAAAGAAGAUAAUAUUUGAGACUCAAGCCAUGAGUUUUAUAUUAUUUCACCAAGAGGACUGAAAGCUAUGAACUCAGUUUAAUGUGAAUGAGGCUGUUGAUAGUUUCCAAGAAACAGUUAUUGGUUCACUAGAUCGCUCAUUCCUUUCUCAAAAGCUCAAGUGUGUCUUUUAAUCUUCAGUCAUCCUGUCUAGUUGGUAUGUUUAACAUUAUGUGGUGUUCUAUAUUGUGAAAUUUUAAGAUUUUGAAGCAUAUGUUGUAUAUGCAUUGCUAUCUGUAUAUAUGUGUAAGAAUGUCAGUAUAUGUGAGAACAAUAGAGAGGGAACUCAAGGAAGAAUCUCCUGUUUGUCUUAAGACCUGUUCAUAUUGGUAUAUUGGUGAGACUUCUCACCUGUCUAGGCUUCCGUAGUGGCUCAGAUGGUAAAGAACCUGACAGCAAUAUGGGAGACCUGGAUUGGGAAGAUCCCCUGGAGAAGGGAAUGGCAACCCACUCCAGUAUCCUUGCCUGGAGAAUUCCAUGGACAGAGAAAUCUGGCAGGCUUCAGUCCAUGGGGUCGCAAAGAGUCAGACACGACUGAGCGACUUUCACACACACACACACACACACACACACACACACUCUCACCUCUCUGGUCUGACGUUUUACACAUGGCUCAGCUCAAGGCUUCAUUUCUUUUUUAUUUUUACCCUCUGAUUUCUUAAUGUAAUGUUUUUUAAAUUAACUGUAAAAUUAUUCUGUCUAAUCUCUUGCAUUGUCUGUUGUCAAUUUGAUAAAAAUGAUCCUCCCAAUCAGAAAUUCCACCAUUACUUGAUUUCUGUUUAAUUUCAUAUGUAUAGCCUUUGUUUUGCUUGCCUAUGUUUCUUUUGUCUCCCUUUUCAAAAUCAAACUCGUUUUAUUGCUUUUUUAUAUUAAGAAGGAGUGUACAGAAGCAAAAUCUUGCCUUUUGUGUCAGUUCUUUAAUUAAUUUGAGCCAGAAUACUUUCCACUGUCUUCUUGACACUUUCAGGAUUUCUUAAUGCUGAUAUAUAUGGAUGGACUCUGUGAAUGGACAUUUUGAAGCAACUUCCUUUAAGUCCUGUAUCAUUCUAGAAGGUCAUAUGUACCUAUUGUGAAAAUGUGAAGCUGUACUACUGAACCUGAAAUAAAUGAUAACAUUUGAAGGA